CCGCCAUGAUGUACCUGUCCGAAUAAAAAAAACACUUGUAUGUGUUUGUUGUGUAAAUAAGGCGAAAAUGGCGAAAUAAGGUAUUUCCUUCGUGUUUACAUAGUUUGGUGAUUCAUUUUAUUCAACUCGGUAUUUGGGCGUACAUUUUAUAAUUCCCCAGUUUCUAGAUUAAGGAUAAAACAAAAAUGCAGUCGUACGGAUCCAGAUCGAUGUCCCACGACAUGAAGGCCGAAAAUACAAUGAUGUGGCAGAGCUCGAAUUAUCUAACGCCGCCCGAUUCUGGCAUUCAGACGGGUAUAGUAACGCAAACCCCAUCCAUUAUGGGAAACGACGAGGACAUGGAACGAGAUUUAUUCGAUUUGGAUCAAAAUUUCCAACCAGGAUUCACCCAAGAUCAAGUGGAUGAAAUGAAUCAACAGUUGAGUCAUACGAGAAGUCAGCGUAUUCGUGCUGCCAUGUUUCCGGAAACUUUGGACGAAGGUAUCGAAAUACCUUCUACUCAAUUUGACCAAGGGCAACCGACUGCCGUUCAGCGGCUCUCUGAACCUAGCCAAAUGCUGAAAGUUGCCGUCGUUAAUUUAAUUAAUUAUCAGGAUGACGCGGAUUUAGCUACGAGAGCUAUUCCAGAAUUGAUUAAGUUGCUCAACGAUGAAGAUCAAGUUGUCGUGUCUCAGGCUGCGAUGAUGGUUCAUCAGUUAUCUAAGAAAGAAGCUUCGAGACAUGCCAUCAUGAAUAGCCCUCAGAUGGUGGCUGCUUUGGUUCGAGCCAUAUCCAACAGCAACGAUUUAGAAACCACUAAAGGAGCUGUUGGUACUUUACAUAACUUAUCUCAUCACAGACAAGGACUUUUGGCUAUUUUCAAAAGCGGUGGUAUUCCCGCUUUGGUGAAAUUACUCAGCUCGUCUGUGGAGUCGGUUCUGUACUACGCUAUCACAACUCUGCACAAUUUGCUGCUGCAUCAAGAAGGCUCUAAAAUGGCCGUACGUUUGGCCGGAGGACUUCAAAAAAUGGUCGGUCUAUUGCAAAAGAAUAACGUCAAGUUCCUCACCAUCGUAACCGAUUGUUUACAAAUCCUCGCCUACGGUAAUCAAGAAUCGAAAUUGAUCAUAUUAGCUUCCGCCGGACCUACCGAAUUGGUUCGUAUUCUGCGUUCCCACGAUUACGAGAAACUUCUAUGGACAACGUCUCGAGUUCUUAAAGUUUUGUCCGUAUGCCCGAGUAACAAACCAGCCAUAGUGGAAGCCGAUGGAAUGCAAGCUUUAGCCAUGCAUUUGAAUAGCCCGAGUCAACGCUUGGUGCAAAACGUUCUAUGGACUUUGCGAAAUCUCUCCGACGCAGCGACCAAAGUUGAAAGCAUGGAAGGUCUUUUGCAAUCUUUAGUUCAUCUGCUGGAUUCUCCCGAUAUCAAGGUUGUCACCUGUGCUGCCGGUGUUCUUUCCAAUUUGACGUGUAAUAAUCAGAGAAAUAAAGUAACCGUGUGCCAAUGCGGCGGUAUCAACGCUUUAGUAAGAACUAUCAUCAAUGCCGGUGAUCGUGAAGAAAUAACCGAGCCUGCGGUAUGCGCAUUACGUCAUCUAACGUCUCGUCACGUCGAAUCAGAAAUGGCCCAAAACGCCGUUCGACAUAAUUACGGAAUCCAAGUGAUCGUGAAAUUACUCCUUCCUCCUAGCAGAUGGCCACUUAUCAAAGCAGUCAUCGGCCUAAUACGAAAUCUUGCUCAAUGUCAAGCCAACCACGCUCCUCUACGUGAACACGAAGCAAUCGCACAUUUGAUCAGAUUGCUCAUUAGAGCAUUCGGUGAUACGCAACGACAAAGAUCGAGUGUAGCUAGUAGCGGUAGCCAACCACCCGACAUGUAUCCUGCAGAUGGCAUCCGUAUGGAGGAAAUUAUCGAAGGAGCUGUGGGCGCUCUGCACAUACUAGCUCGAGACUCGAUGAACAGAGCUAUCAUUCGUUCUCAUUCGGUUAUUCCAAUUUUCGUCCAAUUAUUAUUCAAUGAAAUCGAAAAUAUUCAACGCGUCGCUGCCGGAGUACUUUGCGAAUUAGCCAUCGAAAAAGAAGGCGCCGAGCAGAUCGAGCAAGAAGGCGCCACCGCUCCAUUAACCGAAUUACUUCAUUCGCGAAACGAAGGCGUUGCCACUUAUGCCGCCGCUGUUCUCUACAGAAUGUCCGAGGAUAAACCUCAAGAUUAUAAGAAAAGAUUGAGCAUGGAAUUAACUCAUUCGCUAUUCCGUGAAGAACAAAACGUAUGGCCACCCGGAGGCGACCUAGGUGUUGGACCCGAUUUACAGGAUAUGCUAGGUCCUGAUGAUUAUAAUAUCUACGGCCCUCCGAGUGUUCGCAGUGUACACAAUUAUCCGGGGUACGAUACGAUACCCGUCGAGAUGUCAGGAUUAGAAAUCGGCGGAUCUAUGGCGUUGCCUGAUUUCACACAUUUGGACGAACUACCACAACCGCCUCAAGAUAAUAAUCAAGUCGCCGCGUGGUACGAUACUGAUUUGUAGGAGGUAAAUUGUUGUUGUAAAAGGUCGUGAUUUUAUAUUCGAUGCGAGACGUUAUAUCAUAAUUAUUAUCCGUGUGAUAGAUCUAAGUAUUUAUUUUUAUAUACGUACGAGUACAUACGAUUAGGUUAUAUUCUAUGUUUAUAGGUACUUUUUUUUUCUUCGUCAUUUAUAUAUGGGUGCAUUUAAUAUUUAGUAAUAUUUUUAUAGUUCGUCAUUAUACGUAUUUAUCUAAUAAUUGUAAAUUGAAUAUUUUCAUAAAUUUGUAAUUUCUGUA